AUGUGCGAUCGCUUCGAUCUCAGUACUGAUAUCGGCAGUGAGGAAUUCCCAAACGCCUCGUUUGAGGUGACAUACUCCCGAAAGGGCCAUUCGCUGGUGGCAACCGGUCAACUGAGGCGCCAUGACCAAGACCGGAUCACCGACCUGCUGGAGAGGUUCAUCGACGAGAACCGGUCGGUCGAUGUCUUCCAGGUCCCUCGGGUGUAUGAGCUGGUCAGUUUGCCAGACAUUGUUUUGAAAGGGUCUAGUCCCCCUGCAACCAUGCCCAUCCCUCCUACCAAGCUUCUUGAGAGUGGUCAGCCAAUCCUGGUGGAGAUGUUGCAGCCAGAGAAGAGAGCCCCAGAUGGCUCCUAUUAUGAAAACUGGCUGCCCUCCGAGCAUAACUUGUAUCCACUCACCCCAUCGUCCCUUUGUCUUGUCCCUACAAUCUGGAUACCACAAGGAACAUCUGUCAAAUUGAUCACUGUUGAGGGCGAAAACGGCUUUCGGAUCUCUGGGUCGACCGAGGACAAGGUCCGUGGGAGCAUUGAGACACUCGAACUUCUUCAUGGAUGCCUGGACUUGAUUGCACUACCCCCACAGAACCUUAUCCUCCAUGUCCCCAGGCACCAACACGAGGUCUUCCGCAUCAUGCCCUAUAUGACCAUCAGUCCAACGGCUGUGUUCCGUAUUCUAUCGGACCUCCCAAACGCUCGUUCUCUCACCUCGUUGAUGAGGCUGGUGGUUUGUAAACUGCAUCCAGAUCUCAAUAUUUGCCAGCCACUUGUGAACAUUCGCAACCCACCAAAGGUGGGAAUGAAACCCGGUGUGGUCACCAGCAAAGACUGGAGGGGCAUCAAGUUCCCGGAAAUUGUUGGCUCCAGAGAUCGUUAUGUUAUCUCCGAUAUCGACAAGCAUGUUGCUCGCAAGGUGGAUGUUCCUCCUAAGGAAGAAGCUGCAAAGCCUUCCAAUCUCUCUGCGGAGAAGGCGCAAGAGGGCGAAACAUCGAUCCUGGAUGAUGACCCAACAGGUCGCCCUCUGAAAACCCCAUCAGCAGAGACCCAGAUUAUCCUGCUUCCAACGGACGAGUCAACUGACACUGUCGGAAAAGUGAUCACUCCACGGGAAGAUCUGCACUUAGGCGACCAGACAUUGGGAAAGGGACCAGAUCGGGUUGAAGCAGAUGCAUCUUGCUCGCUCCCCAACGUUCCGACAAUGCCAAUCCCGUCUGCUGGCAGUCAUAUCUCCAAGCCUCAGGCGAAACCUACCAAUCGUUCUGAAACUGUGGCGGGUUCAUCCAAACCUCCUACCCAAACUGAGCGCAGCAUGGGCCCCGCCGCUUUGACCGUUGAAGAGAUCAAAGAAAAGAUCCGAUCUACCUGGUUGAACACGGCCGUGACUACAGCGAAAACCCCAUCAACUCCAAUCCGUUCUGGUGAACCGAAGGCAGCAUCACUUCCAGUCUCUGGACAGCUCAUCGAUCUCGAUGACCUGGAUGUCACUACUGGCAAUGAGCCCCAGUCGGAUAGCAAGCAUUAUCCUUCCCAUGAGCUUCUGGCCCUGCGUCCAGAUGUACCAGAGGAUACUAAGGCCAAUUCCCAGGACCACAACGCCAAGCAGAGGGAAUCUAUGCUUUAUCGCAUGGAAAAGCGCGAGAAAUACUGGCAGCGCUCGCCGGAGUCUUACGGAAGUACUCCUACUCGCGAAAGGGAGUCCAGCGCUGAGCCAGACUCGCCUACUCCAAGUCGACUUCAGCCGGGCUGGAAAAGAGCCCAUAUCAGAGCGAUCAUUGACCGAAGUAGCCGCUCUAGCCCCACGUCUGCCUCUGGUGCUGAUGACCAUGACUUGAAUACCCACCGGAGCACUGUGAUCCCCCAGUCUCCAGCUAGCCCUGAUAUCUCCCGCGGCAAAGAACCAGCGGAGAACGAGGGAGAAACGUCACCCAGCACAUCUCUGAAAGAUCAUGCAAAGGGAUUGAUGCAGUAUCUGCAAGAUACUAUCAAAAGGGAACACGUGCCAGAAGCUCAUCUCGUCAAUCUGAGUACACCCCAAGUUGUCCCUGUUGUCUCUACUCAGACCGAUCUUGUGGAACUUCUUAUCCCUGAUUCUCCUGACCAUAAGUCCAUCAAUGCUUCAACUCCUGCGGGUGAAAAGGCCUCAGCCACAGACAAGGAGCAAAAGAAUGUUCCUUUCCUCCAUCCAGACCUUCUUGAUCUCUCAUCUGAGGAACUUGUGCUUACAGGUCAUACCGACGUGCCUCAGCCUGGUGGUUCGAAGCUUACUGGAGGUUCCGAACCAGCAUGCAAUGAGAAAUUGAAAUCCGACGAGGAGACCCUGACCAGAGUGUUCCGCGAGACGAUGUUUCACCAGAGUCCCGAAGGCGAUCACCUCUGGGAGAACCUGAGCGGAGGCCAAGAGCUCACUGAAUCAGCCAGAGAUCUUUAUGAUUCUAUCAGGUUAAUUCUGCAGAAAGUUCAAAAAUUUUCUGGGAGAUUGAGCCUGGAGGUUGGGCUCGGUCUCGUGUCUGUCAUGGAGUUGUCGACCUCACAGAAAGGAAAAGAAAUGACAUUCAAUGAUGUCAAUGAGCUUUUCUUCUCGAAGCAUGGUUUGCCGCCGCCACGUACUGGUUUCUUUGAUCGACUGACCACGUCUCCCUCGGAUAUUGACUAUCUCAUUGCCCUCAAGGUUGACCAAAGGCCUAUUUUUGAGCAGAAAGCUAUGUAUGCGGGAAUCAGAUACCACUUCCACUGCCAUACAAGCUCUGGUCUCGAUUUUGUCAUCUACUUCGACCGCGAAGGCAACCUUUUCUCCCAGUAUGCCCCUGUUCCGCUGGGCAAUGCCUCCAUGAGCUUCCCCGCUCAGGUCUGGGAUGCUUCCGCUUCCAUUCAAGGGUCUACUCACUUUUACCUGAAAAACGAGCCAGGCCUUCAGGAGGCGGCCGAUAAGAUGAAAGACAGCUUGUGGGUCGACCCAAAGAGCGAGCAACUUCAGAUGCUCAUCCGUCCUCCGCCCGAGGAGAUCAUGACUAUUGACAAGGUUGUUAUGGAGCGGCGUACAAGCCACCGUUGGUUAUCCAAGAAAAGCAAGGACAUCUUCCUCAAAGUGACCGAAAGCCAAGUGCUCGAGAUGACACCCUCCAUUCUCGACCCCAAGGUUCUGGUCAUCAAAAGCAUCCCUUAUGAGGAAAUGAUCCAACAAUGCAAGUACUGGUGGAAAGCCUCAAUCCACAAUCCUGUGAUUGACAAAGCUCUGAGGGAUAACUUCAACCCAGGCUCUCAGGCUCCCGGUAAACCUACCAAAACCUGGACCCCGACAGACCUCUUGGGCAAGGACGCAAAGCUCUUCGACCCUUUCAUCGAGCUGGCUCCUCUGGGAGUAGAAAUCGGACAUUCCGGAAUCAUUCCGAUGUUCGAACUGGCAAAGAUAGUUGUCCAGAACAUCGACGCCAUCGGGUACCACAACAGGGGCCCUGCCUCCCACCUCAAGCAGGAUCCUGACUUUUGGGGGAAGGGCAAGAUGAAGGGUGCGCCCAAGACUGAGCUGGCCCGGCACAACGAAAUUGUGAAAUGGAAGCCACUCGACAAGGUGGCCUCCAAGAAGCACAAGUGGUGA